AUGACUUCAGUUGAAGGAUUGGAAAAAACUGGUGAAAAUGAAAAUAUUUAUGCAAAACCUUCCCAAGAUAUCAGCUCGGAACUAAUAAACAUCCUGGAACCACCACUUAAAAAUGCCAAGAAGCAACUUACCGAAUUGGAAUCUAAGCAAAGCGAACUCGUCAGUAAACUACAUAUUGAAAAUUUGAGUAUAACAGAGGUGCAACAUUCACAAGAAUUACAAGAAAUGUUCAUAAAAAUGAAAAAUUACCAUUCGAAAUUACAGGUUAUCAAAAAGGAUAUGAAAUAUUUGCACGAGAGAAGUCAAAAACUUAAGAAAAGAGCUAAUAAAUUACAAACCCUAAAGGAAAAAGAACCAUAUGAAGAAAUUAUAGUGACCAAACCAACAAAUAUUAUAAAAGGAAGUGCGCAAUCAAAUUGUGAAUAA